AUGCGUAAGGCGAAAGAUAACAUCUCGCUUCAAGAUAUGGGAAUCAAAAACACGAGGAUUAGGAGGUCAUUGGGCGGUGCGCUUCUCAUCGAGGUUUUGGGUCCUAAUGGUGACGAACUAGCUGAAAAAUUAAAGAGUGAACUUACCAAAGUUCUAGGUGAAACGGCAUCUGUGACCCGUCCGGUUCGGCAAGGUGAACUAAGGAUAGUUGGAGUCGAUGAGUCCGCGACGUUUGAUGAGAUGGCUGCUGCGGUAGCAAGUGCUGGUGGCUGUAAAGAGAACGAGGUAACGAUUAGCCCUAUGAGACCUAUGUAUAAUGGUCUCUACAUGACUUGGGCCAAGCUUCCUCUGGCUGCUGCUACUAGAGUGGCUAAUCGGAGGAGGAUUAAAAUAGGUUGGGUCAAUGCCAGAAUAGAGUUCCUCGACGCGAAGCCGAUGCAGUGUUGGAGAUGUUGGGAGUUUGGACACGUACAGGCGAAUUGUAGAUGUAAUAUAGAUCGACGCGGAUUGUGUUUUCGCUGUGGCCAGACGGGGCACGUGGCAAAGGAUUGUUCUGCGCAACUUAAGUGUGCAUUGUGUUCGGCGGCUGGUAGAGAUGCGCAGCAUCGUAUUGGUGCGAUGGGUUGUGGGUCUCUGCCUGGCAAUGAUGACCUGAAUCGGAGACAGGUAGAAAUGACUCCUUCAGGCAGUUAA